CCGAUCAUAGCAUACAGCACCGUUACAUAUGUAGUAUGUCAGUAUAACGUCGGCCUUCUUUGACCAGCAUUCGUUCGCCUUGUGACCCGCCCAGACAAACCCGUUCUUACGAGGCACAAGCAAGUCAUGCACACAAUACAAUAGCUGCAGCUGCUUGACGCCUGGACAGCAAACACUGCUGAGGUUUGACGCAACGAAGAGGACCGAACGAUUAGAGUCAUGGUGGACGGAGACGUGGAGGCUGAGCUGUAGAUUGGACCACAAUACUUUCACGGGUCCUUUGAGCAUGGCCGAGGACCUCGGGUCAAGCCAGCGGUACACCUACAUCCAGCUGCUCGGCCGCGGCACGUACGGUGCGGUGGUCAAGUGCGCGGUACGGGAUGCGGCGUCUGCCAGUGGAGCCGGCGGCGGCGCCGGCAGCAGUACGGGCGGGCCUGCCGGCGACGAGGAGCAGUAUGUAGCCAUCAAGGCGUUCCAUGGCGCAUACAAAGAAAAGCAGGGGCUCAAACUGGCGCUUCGUGAAGCCCGGGUGCUGCGGGUGUUGGACCACCCCGGUGUGGUCAAGCUGCUAGAUGCCUUCAAGAGCCCCAGCGGCCGGCCCUACCUGGUGCUCGAGUAUCUGCCCAGGUGUGUAGCCACCGAGCUGGAUGCGCGCCCCUCCGGCCUGUCCCGGCGCGACGUGAAGCUGCUGUCCUGGCAGUUAGCCUCCGUCAUUCGCUACCUGCACGCCUGCCGUGUGGUGCACCGCGACGUCAAGCCCGCCAACAUCCUGCUCACGGACGAGGGCGUGCUCAAGCUGUGCGACUUUGGCUUUGCGCGCUUCACCUCGUGUGAUGACCCCCGGGACGGCGAGGCGCUCACAAGCUACGUGGUCACGCGCUGGUACCGCGCGCCCGAAGUGCUGCUGGGGCAGGAGUACGGGCCGCCUGCAGACAUCUGGUCGUUUGGCUGCACGGUGGCGGAGAUGGCCACAGGCGUGCCGCUGCUGCCCGGCACGUCCACCGCCGACCAGCUGUGGCGCAUCAUUCGCAUGUUCGGGCCGCUCCCACCCGACAUGGCCCUGUGCCUGGCGCACGACCCGCUCCUGAUCCACAUGACGGCGCCGCCCCCCGGCAUGGCGCUGCGGCAGCGGCUUGCGAAGCUGGGUCCUCGGCUGUUGGAGCUGCUGGAGGUGUGCCUGCGGCCCGACCCCCGGGACCGGCCCACCGCCGAGGAGCUGAUGCACCUGCCCUACUUCUUUGAGGUGCCCAACCUGGUGCUGGGCUGCCCGCAGCUGGAGGCCCUAUACGAGCGCGAGGCUGCGCAGCUGGGCAUCGGGCCCUCGCUGGCCAUGUUCCCCGGCUCCUCGACAGCAGCGCUAGCAGCAGCAGCUGCGGCGGCGGCAGGGGCGGCGGCUGGCGCCCCCGCUGGGUCUGGUAUGGGAUUCAGGGCGGCGACGGGCGCCGCAGGAGCUGGGACAGGGCUAGGGCACUGGCCAGGCGUUGAACCCUUGAGCUUGGAGAUGGGAACAGCGGGCGCUUUCGGCGGCGUUGCGACGGCAUCGUCCGCGGCGGUACCGAGCGCGGGACGAACCAGUGCCGGCGGCACUGGCACCAUAGAUGCCGCCCAUACGUCCGGCGGCGCCGCUGCGCCGACCUUGUGUGCCUCUGGAGCUUCGGCCGGGGCCUUAGGGACGGCCGGCGGCACCAGUGCCGUGUCGUUUGCAUCCAACAACCCGCCGUCCGCCUUGCCGGCGAUAGUGCCAGCGGGCAUGCCCGAAGCGCGCGCCGUGAGCGGCCCUGCCAGCGGCGGCACCCCGCCUGCUGCUAACGCGUUUGUGAUGGAGAGAGCGACGGCGCCGUCCACAAUUGAAACCACCGCCGCGCCUAUGAUGCCACCGCCUCCGUACCACCGCAACACCUCUGCGCCUGACGCUAAGGCUGCUGAGCUGGUCGUCGUGGCGGUGAGUGCCGCUGCCGCCAGCGCUGCGGAUGAGGGCCCCGCCACGCACGACCAGCGACGCAGCCGCGCCGGAGCCGGCGGCGCCUCCUGCGUCGAGAUCGAGGUUCCGUUCGCACCAGCAAGUGCACCUAUGGGUGCCGCCGAAGGCACGCCUGCGGCAGCGAGGGCCGCCGCAGCGGCUGCAGCAGCGGCGACGGCGGCCGCCGCCGGCACCAGCCACGCCGCCGCAGGGCUGCUGCCUGGAGAGCGGCGCACGACCGGCAACGUCCGUCGCGCCGAGACUGCGCUGCCGCCAGGCGCGGAGCGGAGCGUCGGCGCCGGCGCCGGCGGCGGUGGUGGCGGCGCUCCUCCUGAGCGACACACGGCAGAUAGCCGCCCUCCUGCACCGUUCAGCAGCCGCGUGCGGCGAGCCUUCGGCGCCGCCAUGUCCGGCGUGUCGCGGCGGCGUCGCGGCCUGCAGGGCGCGGAAGCCAGCGGCGGCGACGCCCCGGGCUCGCCACCGCCUCCGCCGCCCCUGGAGGACGUCCGCACGAGCAACCAGACCAUCAUUGGCUACCCGCGCAUGAGCCACGGCUUGCGGCACAGCGGAACGGGCGACGGGCAGAGCGGCAGCGUCAGCGCCACCGCCGCCGCCGCGGCGGGCGCUGUCACUGUCGGCGGCGCCUCUGCGGCGUCGGGCGCGGACUGCGCCAGCGGGCCGUACUCACAGCCGAGCCGGAGCACCGUUACGCGCGCCGCCACCACGGCGCUGCCGUCAGCCGCAAACUCGCUGGAGACGACUGCGGCGGCGCUGCUAGGCGCCGCGACGUCGUCGCAACGCGGCGGCGGUGGCGGCGGGUUGCAGAACCCCGGGUCUAAUCCAGCGUCUCGGCAAAACACCGCGUCUGGCGCAGCGCCGUCGGCAGCAGGGCCGUCAACCUCUGCGCCUGCACCGGCUCCUGCACCCGCGCUCAAGCCGCACCUUCUACGUGCACACCAGCAGCAGCAACAACAGCAGCUGCAGCUGCACGCCCAGAGCCCCUCUGGGAAAGCCCAACUGCAGCAGCCGCAGAAGGUUCCGCUGCACACCGAGCAUCCACACGAGUCGCCGCGCCAGCAAGGCGCAGGGGCCCAGGGCCGCGGCGGCAGCGGCAGCUUCCUGGGCCGCCUGUGUGGCUGCCUCGGUGGCGUGGACACUGGCGGUGCCGCUGGCAUUGAAGACUCAACGCGCGGGGGGCCUGCUGGUGACACGUUCAGCAUGCACAACAGCAGUCUUGCGACGCUGCCAGUGGGCACCAGCGCGGGCAGGGACCGGCCCAGCGGCGGCACUCACUACGGCGGCGACCGGCCGAGCGGCGGCAGCGCGGCGGCGUCGGUGCCAUUUACGUACACGGCCUCCGGGCUGGACGACUCAGAGCCGUACUGGUACUCUGAGCACACGUCUGCCAACCCGCCCAGCCAGUGGUCUCAGCACGGCCAGUCGCAGCACAGCAUGAUCGCCGCGGCCGAGCACGCCGGCAAGUCCGCACUCGCCGCCGGCGGCAACAGCCGCCGCAGCGCACUGACGGGCGCUAUCGACGAGGCCGGUGGUGCCGACGCAUGAGAGCGCCUCCUGUUGUCAGUCCAGAGGUCUCGGCUUGCAAGGCAGGGCGUCGACGGCCGCGGCGGCUGAGGCCACGCGUCAACGGCCUCGAGGGCCGGGAUCAGCGUGACGUGCUGGGGUCAGCGUGUAAUGCGACCGAUGCACGGCUGCUGCCUGCCUCUGCAUGUGCAUGUGGCCCCAGCAUUAUGAAGCAUGGGUAGCCUAAUGCACCACGCUGCAGUGGCUGUCAUUGCUUGCUUAUCGAAGAGGUGGAUCAGUACCACAGAGCUAUAGCUAUUGUGUUGAGGCUGAACGGCGUUGUUGUUUGCAUAUUGAGUGAUGCUAUGUACGCAUUACCCAUAUCGUAGUUGGCUUAAUGGCGCUUCAAGUGCAUGUGCAUGCAUGCGCUACGUGCGAGCGUUUUUGUUGUUGAAUUGGCAGGCUAUCCUGCUUGCCAGAGGCAAUAGGCUUUGAUGCUGCGAACUGGGGAGUCGUGGGCUGCGGUCACGCGUUGCUGCAUGCGCAGCGUUGCUGGACGUUAGCAUGCGUUUUGACUUCAGGUUGCCUGGUUCGGAGGCAGCUGACUUGUUGAGAGGCAGUGUGGUGAGUUCCUCCCACACGCUGCAGGCCGCUGUGAGUUUGCUGCGUCUAGAGAGGCGGUGCAUGAGGAGGAGCGCAGCGGCGCGCUCGCUGUACAUAAUUCUCUCAAACGUACAUACAGGAACAAGGGUCGUGUUUUCGUGGUCUUGGGUGUGGCAAGGAGGUGGGGCGCAGCCCGACCACAGGCAAAUUACACUAUAUACAGCCCCCUAUGUGGACAGGACGCACGAGGUGCGCUGCUGCUUUUUACUGUCCUGAAGUCUGGCGUAUGGUGCAUGAAUGGCGAAAGGAAGUAUCAUGAACCCGAGUGAUGGCGUGGCCCGCCCGCGCUUAGUUGCUUAUGUAUGCUCUUUUUCUAGGUAUGAUUCAGGCUGGGAGGGUGACUGCGCGGCACUCCGGCUCCUUGCGCCGUCGCUGGCCGCGCAUGGUCACAUGAGUGCAUGGGCACACAUGGUGCAGAUGGUGCAGUCGUAUGCGGCGCCAUGGAUGUCAGGAAGCAUGUAGCGAGCGCACUGGGUUGUGGCUCCGCGCGGCCCACCUCAUCCGCGGAUCGGGAGCUCGCUGCGACGCAUACAGGACGGCCGAUCAACCGCGUGGAAGGCUUACAUUGAGGAUGUGUUGAUGGUUGCUGGCUGGUUGGGUAAGUGUCGCACACAGCGACUGACAGUACACUGGCCUUAGUACUGCAUAUGGCAUACCAUGCACAUGCAGCAGCUUUCUACUACUAGCGCGCGCAGCAUGUCCAGGAUGAACAAGGCAUGUGCGCGAUGGAAGGGGCACGGGGCAGGGAAAUGGGCGUGCGCAAGCGCAGGCUAUGGCUACCAUCUCGAGGAGGUACGUUUGCGGCGAGUCUGAUGGUUGGUGACGUUGAGGCUUCGAUGCUGGAAGCUUUUAUCGGUUUGGGCAUCGCGCGGGUGCGUCACACCGUGUAUUGGGACGAUGGCGCACGCGGGUAAGCUAAAAUCGUGAUUGCAUGCAUGACAAUCAAUUUGGUGGUUUGCCCUGGACCUGAAAUACUCCCUGCAACAUAGGCCGGCUAUUCUCGGCGAGUCACGUUGCUUGAGCGACAGUGUGAGCGUCAAGGCAAUUACGCAACGUAUCCGGCACGUUCACAUGACACGACAAUCAGACGUGAGUAGCAACGGGUUGUAGGCUGUAUCUGUAAGUGAUCGGGGUACAGAUAGGCAACGGCACGGCAUCACAAACGAUACGGCGAACAGCGGCGGCGGCGCGUGCGCGCAUCUUGGUAGCGGAGGGGGCGGGAAAGGCCACGUGGAGGAGGAGAGCGCAGCGCCGCCCAAGAAGCGGCGCAAGCGCGCAGGCUGAGGAGCCGGCUGGCGGUGUUUAGGUAGCGGUCGGCGGUGGGGCUGGCAGGGCAGGCGUAGCGGCAUGACAAGUAGUGCGGCUGUUGACAACUGUGCUGCGUCUGGCUACGGUUGGCUCUGCUGUGGCAUCGCGAUUGCUAGGCACCUGGUUUGGCUAUGUGCCUGUGGAAACCGACCCCGGCUAUGUCCGGGCGAUGAGGAUAGCCGGGCGAUCAGGUUGUUCGGCCUCAGACUGUGGAGGGGCUCAGCCCCUUUUCCCGUGACCGGGGAACACUUGUCUUCUUUCACUCCUCCUUGUCAAAGCCACGCCUUGGA